GGGCGGGAAGAGCGAAUAUAGCGGAGUGUGGGAGCUGCUGUGAGUAAAUAGGAAGCACAUUUUUUUUAAUUCACCUUAGUUUUUUUGAUUGUUUGCGCGUUUAAUGGUUCCCGCGGGUUUGCGACGUGAAACGGAUUGGUUUUAAGUGGACCGUCACUGAAAAACUCAAAGGAUUAUUAGACAGGUUGUGUUGGGGCAGAUGGAGAAGCCUCCUACAGAUUCUGGCGGCGGAGGAGAUGCGACGGCGGCAGCGGAGGGCCCCGCGGUGCAGGUGGCAGAUGUCUACUGGCCCACAGGGGCUCUCCCGCUUCGGCUUCUGGAGUGGAAGGUCAAGCCUGGGUCUCUCAUUAACGUGGACUCCGUGCUCGCGUUAUGCGCUCCCAUUCCCCACGAGAAGGGGACGGAAGCUGCCAGGCUGCCGGAGAAGAAGGUAAAAUCGGACCGCGCUGGAGUUGUAAAAGAGCUAUGCUGUCAACUUGGACAAGUCAUACCUCCCGGGGGUGUCAUCGUCAGAAUCGAAGAAUGCAGUCACCCGAUAGUGAUGAAGGGUUUGUGUGCCCAAUGUGGCCAGGACCUGACUAAGGAGCUGCAGAGCUCGAAUGGGAAACAGCAAGCUCCCAUCUCCACAGCAACAGUCUCCAUGGUGCACAGUGUUCCAGAGCUGAUGGUCAGCUCAGAGCAAGCAGAACAGCUGGGCCGGGAAGACCAGCACAGACUGCAACGGGACAAAAAGCUGGUCCUGAUGGUGGAUCUGGACCAGACCCUGAUCCACACCACUGAACAGCACUGCCAGCGUAUGUCCAAUAAGGGCAUUUUCCACUUCCAGCUGGGACGAGGAGAGCCCAUGCUCCACACACGUCUACGUCCACACUGCAAAGAGUUCCUGGAGAAAAUAGCUAAACUCUAUGAGUUGCAUGUCUUCACAUUUGGGAGCCGCCUUUAUGCACACACCAUAGCUGGCUUUCUUGACCCUGAAAAGAAGCUUUUCUCACAUCGGAUCCUUUCUAGAGAUGAAUGCAUCGAUCCCUUCUCCAAGACGGGGAACCUUAGGAAUCUUUUCCCGUGUGGGGAUUCGAUGGUCUGCAUAAUCGAUGACCGAGAAGACGUGUGGAAGUUUGCACCGAACCUCAUCACUGUGAAGAAAUACAUCUACUUCCAAGGAACGGGAGACAUCAACGCUCCCCCUGGAUCCCGGGAAGCUCAGGCGACCAAGAAAGGUAAGAAAGGACCCUCGUCUCGGCCGGCAGAGAGCACAGAGUCAGCUGGGACACUUAGUGCAGAAGAGCACAACAAUGGUCUCAGGAAAAGGAAGGACCAUAACAUUUCUCAAAAGGACGAGCCCUCAAUACCUCAGUCUUCUCAGGUAGUUCCAGCAAACGAUAGGACACAUCCCAGUGAGGGUGUGGAGGACGAAUCGGGACGGAGCAAAGACUUGGUCACUGCAGCUCUCCCUGGGGCUGGCUCGAGGGAAGCUCCGGAGGGUGACAGAACAAAUGUUAAAGAAGAUGGUAGCAACAGGUUACAAGAGGCGCAGGAUGGUACGAACUCUUCGGCACCGAGCCAUGAAUCCAACAACUUGGACUUUGACCUUUCCAGUGACAGUGACAAUGACUCCAUUACAGAAAAGCCUGCUUCAUUAGAGAGUGACAGUGAAGGCAAAUCUUGCCAAGCAAAGAAGUCUGGACAAGAAGGUGUUGAACAAGAGCCCAUCGAUGGAGUAGAGUCUCAGAUGAGGGGCGUUAAAGAGAACAGUUCUGAUGUAGCAGAACCCUCGGGGGUUCUUCCCCCAGACCCAGAGCUGGAAAAUGGCUGCUCAGAUAGGAUAGAGCCAGAAACGGAGUCCCAGAAUAGUGAACAAUCUGGCAUCACCACAGGUGAGGAGCUACUGGACCAGAGUAUGGAGGAUGAGAUGGAGGAGGAAGAAGAGGAAGUUGAUACAGAUCAGGAUGAUCACCUGAUCUACCUAGAGGAAGUGCUGGAAAGGAUUCAUGCUGAGUACUACGCUCGCUACGCGGGGUACCUGAGGAAGGAGUCCUCUGAAGUGCCAGACAUUCGCAAGAUUGUCCCGGAGCUGAAAGGCAAAGCUCUGGAGGGCACAACCAUAGUGUUCAGUGGUUUGUACCCCACCAACUACCCCAUGGAGAGGACCCGUGAGUUCUACCAUGCCAAGGCACUGGGGGCCAAGAUCAGCAAGAAUUUGGUUCUGGCCUCCCAAGAUUCCAGUCGGACGACACAUCUGGUUGCUGCAAGAGCUGGCACCGAGAAGGUUCGCCAGGCACAGGGCUGCAAGCACCUUCACGUUGUCACCCCUGACUGGCUAUGGAGCUGUCUGGAGCGCUGGGAGAGGGUGCAGGAGCAGCUUUACCCACUAAAGGAGGAUUACUCCAAGAUGCAAAGGAGCAACAGUCCAGCAGGUUUCCCUGAAAAUAGGGGCUCCCUUCAGAAGCCUGUUUUCCAGCAAGCUCCCAUCCUCCGCAGACCGCCACCUCUGGAACCAGAGAUCCGGACCUACGACCCCGUCACGGGGAAGCUAAUCCGCAAGGGCCCACAUGUGUCUCGGCCGCCACCCUACCUCCAGGUGCCGGGGUCUUUGUUGCUGCAUGAUCACGGAGAACAGUCUUGUCUCAGGGGAACGUCAAAGAGUCCGCAGGACGGCGCGACACACUCGUCUAGCCAAGAUGACGAGCAGCCGGGGCCAUCUCAUCGUAAACGACAGCCGAGCAUGUCAGAGACGAUGCCUCUGUACACUCUUUGCAAGGAGGAUCUAGAGAGCAUGGAUAAAGAGGUGGACGACAUCUUAGGUGAGGAGAGCGACAACGAGAGUGAUGGGCAAGGGAAGGAGAAGCCAGUUAAUGAGGAGGUGGAGGAUGAAGAGGAGGAGCAGCCAGAGCAGCAGCAGCAGGAGGAGCAACAACAACAACAAGAGCAGCAGCAGCAGCAGCCAGGAGCUGGACAGAUAGGAGAUGUGCUAGUUCCUCAAGCGCAAAGCCUGGAAGAGAAUCUUCAGACUCCAUCCAGCCAGGCCAGUGCUGGUGUUCUAAGGGGCCAGAAACGUAAGAUUGAAGAAGCUGAGGAGGAGGAGGAGGAGGAGGAUGAUGAGGAGGAGGAGGAGAAGGAGAAGAAUAAACAAUUUGCUGACGAGUCGUCCAAAGACUCCAUCGAGGAGGAGGAAGGCAGCAGCUCAGAGGCAGAUGAGAUGGCUGCAGCACUGGAAGCAGAGCUCAAUGACUUCAUGUGACGCCACUGAGUCACAGAAAUCACCAAAAUACAAAGAAAAUCCUAGUCCUGGUACCCAAAAUUUAUUUUUCUGCGUUGGAGUUGGUGUGUGAGUGUGUGCGUGUGUGUGCUUUAAUGCAAAAUAAUGAAUGUCCUGUACAUAAACAUGUUGUUGCUGUGUAAAUAAACGCUUAGUUUCUUUUUUUGUAGCAUUGAUAUAUAAUUGUCUUUUUGGCAUUUUAUUGUAACAUAAGCUGUAGACGGAGACGGACAAUUUUUUUGGAUUGUUUUAACUGUUUUCUAUUUCAAGUUUUUAUAACGAAGAGUAAAAAAAAAAAAAAGAUAAAUGAAAUGAUAAAGCGUCAUUUUGCUGGUCGUCACAUGCCAAAGAGUUUGGAUGGAGUAGGUUUGCCGCGGCGUGCAGCUCGAUGUUUUUUACACUUUGAUUUUUCUUUUUGGCCUCCUCAACUGUUUUGGGAUUUUUUUGGGUUCUUUUUAGGGUCGUAAAUGCAACCAGCAGAUCCUGACAUUUGAAUGUGUACAUUUGACUAAAGACGAUUUUUCUAAUCACCAGAUCCGCAGACACACAUUCCUACUCGUCUCCUGCCUUUUGUCAAAUCUGUUUUCCACAACUCAGAGGUUUCUCACUUACCUUCAGUGUUAAGUAACUAUGCAUAUUUUUCUUUUUCUCAGUUUAAAACUAAAUUAUGAAAAAGUGCUUUAACUGUUUAACACUGGACAGCAGGAGCGACACUCGCUGGUGUUUUUCCCUGAACACAACUCCAGACGUGCAAACGCACUGGUUUUAACACUGUUUGCUGUUUUUAUAUACAUUUUUACAACGGAAAACAAAACAAAAAUCUCCAAAGUAACAGGAACAAUGAUUAUGGACAUUUUUUUGGAACGUUACUCCAAAGAAAUAUCUUUUAAAGUCAAGAAUCAGACAAGAAAACCUCUCAACCUUUUUCAUGUUUUCACUUCACAACUCUGUUUAAAUAAUAAGUGACUGGUAAGCAGCACUCGCUGGUGGGGGUUUUUUUUUGACGUGGUGAAGUGACAGCACUUUGUGGGAUUUCUGGGGGAAAGAUCAGCAGCUUCCGUGAGAAAUGAGAAACCUGAACGGCACAUUUUACCGAGGUUCCUUCCACUUCAUGUUUAACGUUUGGCGUCUUGUGUGGAUUCAAACGCACUGAGUCUGGGUUUUUUGUUUUGUUUUUAUCAAUAAAUAAAUCCUUGUUAUUGCAGAUGUUUGGUCCGGAUCAGACAAAAGUUUCGACCUCGACGUCUUCGUCCUUUUCUCACCUCGCUCAUUGUUAGUGUUCACUGUGGCUCUAAUGUGUUUGUACAUUUUCCUACUUGACCCCAAAAGAAAAUAGAUACUUUGAUUAAAUAAAGAUGUUUCUAAGUAA